AUUUAUUCAUAACCUCAUUUUUUUAACAUAAACAUGUCUCCUACAAUAAACAAUUAAAAAAUUAGAAGCAUCCACGCUUCUACACAUCCUCAGUCACCUUCCUCAUUUAGAGAUCCCCAACUAGAACUUACCUCUCACUUUCUUUUCUCUUUUCUAUUUAUAAACUCCCUUCACUCCUCUUCACUUCACUUCACUCACUCUAUCUCUUCCGUUUUCAAAAACACGAUCUACCAGUUUGCUGUCCAGCACUUAUAACUCAUUCGUUCCGUUUUCUUUUCGGUUCUUGAACAAAAUGAAUCGUUCAGAUACAGUUUCAAAAUCAAGAAACCAAUUCAUGUCCGAGCGCAGACCACGAAUGCUCAAAGAUUUCCUCAUCGACGAGUCAAAUUCUUGCUCUUCAAACGGGUUCAGAUCAUUUCCAAGAUACCCGGCCGAUUCUUUGCCGGUCAGAACCCUAAUCAAAAACGAUCUCGACAGCAAAAACUCACUUACAAGAACUCGAAGUUCCAUCUCAGCAUUUCAAAACAUGAUAAUCAACGCCAUCAAGAACAUGCAGUUCAUGACCGCCGUUAAGUCUACAUCCAUUCUCCCCAGAACCCUGUCGCGGCGGCUGUCGUCUAAACGAAGCACAUGCAAAGAAAAUCAAGAAAACAAAGAAACCGAAGUCAAAGUUACAGUAGUCACAAUCAAAGAUAUUAUACGGUGGAAAUCAUUUCGAGACCUCAUCGAAGAAAAAUCUCCACCGUCGGAUUUACCGCCAUCAUCACCACAUCAUUACACCACCACCACCACAACGACAGGCUCCACCGCCACGACUCCAUGCAGCAGGAGCAGCAAUGGCUCGACAAGCAGCUGGUGCGACAGCGAUUUCACAGCGGAGAAUUUACCGUGCAGCUGGGACGGUAACGAGGUGGUUAAAGUGGGUAAAUUAAAUUUACCACGUGUCGGCGAGGAUACGAUGGAGGCGGCGACAACAGACAAGGCAGAGGAGAGGCAGCAGAAUAGCCCUGUUUCAGUCAUUGACAAUACUGAAUUUGAAGAAGACGAUGAUGAUGAUUAUGAGUCAAGCUCCUUUGAGAGAACUAAACAAAAGUUUAUGCAAAAGAUCCAAAAAUUUGAGAGGCUGGCUAGAGUUGAGCCUAUCAAUCUUGAAAAAUGGAUGCCAAUGGACGAAAAUGCCAGCUCUAGUGAAGAAGAUGAGGAAGAAAUAAGAGAAACAAAUAGUAGGGACCAAGAAGUAGAAGAAAAGGCAUGGGAACUAUUGAGUCGUGUUAAAGAGACGAAUUCACUCGCAGAAUUUAACGAUGGUAAUGUCGAAAGGAUAGUGUUUGAUUUCUUUAGAGACGAGUUGAGUAGAAAUCGAAAUGAAAGUGAGAUGAUGAGGAGAGUAAAAAAAUGGAUGAAUGGAGAAGAUAUGAAGUGGACUGGAUCGGAGAAAAAAGAAGUUUAUGUAUCUGAUAUGGAAAAGGAAGGAAAUUGGGGGGUGUUUCAAGAAGAACAACAAGAGUUGGGUUUGGCUAUUGAAAAUGGGAUUAUGGGUCUUUUGGUUGAUGAUCUACUCAUUGAUCUCAUCUCUUGAUCAACUGAAACAGGCUAACAUUUCAGCUACCAUUGGCCCAUUACGUUAUAGGCCCAUUGACUAUUAGAGAAAAAUGACGGGCCUAUGUGGAAUUUCAGUAGUUUUUGGUGGGCAUUACUCAUGCCCUACCCAUACACCUCUUGUGGGUCUAUCUAUGUAGCCUUUGGCAUUGGCUUAUUCUAAAAUUUUGUAAAAAGAUAAAUAAAGUAGAAUUCUCCCAAAA